AUGUGCCCGCAUUUUGCUUACAUGGGGAAUCUUGUGGCAUGUGUGGAGCAACAGGCCUUGCAUGGAAGGGGAAUAUACAUUACCAAUAUCCAUUGCUAUCGCUUUGUGUCUUAUUUCAUUGGUGAGGAACUGAGAAAACUUAUCGGUGCUCCAGUUUACAUCGAAUGUAGUUCAAAAACACAGCAGAAUGUGAAAGCUGUUUUUGAUGCGGCCAUCAAAGUAGUUCUCCAGCCUCCAAAGCAGAAGAAAAAGAAGAGAAAGGUCUUUGCCAUUCUAUAUCUUUGCUGCAUAACACAUGAUGGUGUUGGUGUUCCGGAAACAUUACUGAACCAAAUGUUCGGACGAAAGGGACAAGAAUCCGAGGAGGGUAUUAGUCUGCUCAUCAGCAGAAAGUUGCUGAAGCUGAUGAAUGGAGACGUGCGGUAUCUGAGGGAUGCUGGAAAAUCAUCUUUCAUCUUAACAGUUGAACUGGCUGCUUCCCAGAAAUUGAUUGCUUAA